AUGCCGGUAGGGUUCGAAGCGCUCGGCAUUGCGGCCAACAUUGUUCAAUUUGUCGAGUUUGGAUUCAAAAUUUCGAUCUCGGUAAUUGAAACGUAUCGCAGCAUCACCGAAGAUGGCAUAUUACCGCAGACAGCCGAAUUGGAAGAAAUGGCUCGUAGUCUGGAACGCAGCUGCCGUCAGUUGCAAGCCGAUGUUAAGAUCCAAGAUGAUGCGGAGAUGUCUAGCCUCCUCGAAAUUUGUGUCAAAGGUUCGCAAGACCUUCUUCGAGAGGUGGGAGAGCUGGUGAUCGGCAACAACAAUCGACGCCCGAGGUGGAUGAAAAAGGUCAAAGUCACGAUGAAAGCCCGUAGGAAGCAGAGAAAGAUCAACGAAAUUCAACACAACCUGAAUGACAUCAAAAAGAAGAUUUUUGAGAAGCUUCAGCACAUACUGCAUGAUUACUGCCGUUCUACUUCAGAAUACUUAUAUUCUCUGGGCGAUGCUUCAGCAGCUUGGAAUACUGCCACAGACGCUAAGCUUGCAAAAUUGUCAGAAGACGUUGGCAUGCUUAUCAAGUCAACGGCACCAUUGACGAAUGAACUCGAGGAACUUGCCACAAACCUAAAAAAACUUGCGGAACAAGUGAAACACCAGGGCAAGAUCCGAGAGAUUCUUAAAAGCCUCAGAUUUCCGGAAAUGAUUGAACGAAGAAUCGAAAUACCCAAGGCUUAUGGGGACACAUUCGAAUGGAUCUUUGAAGAGAGCGCAGAUGUCAACUUCGCGUCCUGGCUCCAGAGCUCACGAGGCAUCUUUUGGGUUACGGGAAAACCGGGGUCUGGAAAAUCAACUUUGAUGAAGUUGAUUUCUGGACAUGAACAUACUGCAGCACUCGCACGAGCUUGGGCAGACGAGAAGAAACUCAUCGUUGCCAGCCAUUUUUUCUGGGGCAUUAGAUCCGGUCUACAGAGCUCUCAGGAAGGCCUCCUUAGAGCGCUGCUAUUUCAGAUUAUGAUGCAGUGCCCGGACAUUAUUCAUGACGUCUUUCCAGAGAGAUACGAGGGUUCAAUCGCGGAUCUUGAUCCGUGGACGAUUGAAGACUUGUCAAAUGGUUUCAAACGUCUCGGGGCUAUGCAGUCACUAAAAUAUCGCAUCUUGAUAUUCAUUGACGGCCUCGAUGAAUACAAGGGCGAACCCGAGGAUCUGAUGAAAUUCCUCAAGGAUGUCGCACAAUCACCGGAUAUCAAAAUCUGCUGCGCAAGCCGGCCGUGGCCAGUGUUCACAAAAUAUCUGGGGAAUUCGUCUACUCGCAUCCACAUGGACCAACUGACAGCUGACGAUAUGGCGGCAUACGUGCGAGAUGCUCUGGGUCAACAUCAACACUAUCAGUCUUUGCUCAGAAGCCAUGAGUCUGAAGCCAUUGAACUCAUUGAGUCUAUCUUGCGCAAGUCAGAAGGUGUCUUCUUCUGGGUUUCACUGGUUAUCAAGUCGCUGUUGCGUGGAAUGGAGAACGACGAUGACAUUGGCACGCUACGCGAAAGACUUUCGGAAUUGCCUUCUGAUCUUGACAAAUACUUUCGGCGUAUGUUAAGCUCCAUUGAUCGCGUGUACAGGGAUGCUGUAUCUGUCACAUUUUCCAUGCUACUUGUUGCGGACACGGCCAUUCCCGCAGUAUGCUUUUUGUCCUUCGAUACGUACAUGAAGGAAAUGCGAUUGAAACAUAGCGAUGCUGGGGCUCAAAGGCAAACGAGGACCAUGGGUUCAAGAACCAGACCCCCGUUGAGAGAAAGUUGGACCCUGCCAUUUUUGCAGAUAAAUCAUCAACAGGACAGAGAGGCUGAUGCUAGAUCAGAAAGCGGCUGUAUCACGGGACGGUCUCUUGUCCAACUACAGUCCCAAGAGAUUGACGACAGCCCUGAAUUUGCCCAGAAAGUUUUGAGAAAGAAGGAGAACGUCUUAGCACAAUGUUGCGACUUGAUCCAGUCUUGGGAAGUAGAUGGAACACCCACUUUCGGCUCAAGAAUUGGAUUUCUUCAUCGAACAGUCGUCGAAUUCCUUCAGCAAUCCAGCGGUGAUCAGUGGCGCUCGCCCCUUGAACACCAACGCUUUUGGCUUGCGAAGUCUUACCUGGAAGUUGGGUUCAGUAACGCGUCACCAGGUGUCAAGAAGGAUUUCACAUUCAGGUCCUUACGCACAAUCGAGGAAGCCGAUACACACGACAUUGAGGAGUCUGGUGCCUGGCUCCUGGAUCUCUGUGAGUACAUUUGGUUAGGUGACGCCAACAUUAUAAUAGUAGAGGGACUUCGCGAAGUGGCUUCUCAAAUUUGGGCCAGGAUAUUUCUCUCACUAAAGUCCGAGGAGUCAGACUUUGCAAAGCCCGAUGCUUUGGUGCACCUUGCACUGCACAGUAUCAUGACAGGAUCAGUGCACAUAGGCGCCAGCGACCCUCCAGAGGUGGUCUCGACACAAUCCGUGGAUUUGCAAUUACUACGAAAUUUCCUUCGCUGGAUGGGUACCGAAAACUAUGAGGAUAUCUUGUCUGUCCAGUUCAAGGCUUUUAUUGUUAGAUUGAGUCAGAAUGACUCUUCCUCAACGCAGCUGAAGAAUGCCUUUCAGGUUUGUAAGCUGUUGAUAGAACACGGCGCAGUAAUACAUAGCAUUCCCAGGCAUCUUAGUGCCAUUGGAGAUGGAAAUCAGACAGAAGCAACCGCAAAGGAUACAAUGGAAAGGCUUCGGCUGCUUGACUACUUUACAGAAGAGGAGCUGUCGAAUCUUGAGAAGUCAUUUCCGCCUGACGGAAGGAACACGGGAGAAAAUGAGCAAACGUCGAUGGAAAACAACAGUUCGGAAAUUUUCAUGUGGCAUGCGUUUUUCAUGACGCUUCUGUAA